CACUGUGGACAUUUAACAGCACUCUUCCCUCACGCUCCUCAGAGAGACACAGAGAGUUCAGAGAGCAGAUCAUCAGCUUGAGAGGCAAUCAUCAACUCUGCUUUCUUUCGACAUCCGGAACAAGUCAAAGACGGACGUUGGGUGUGUGAACAUUGAAUUGGGAGAAAACAGUCAGGAUUGACUUUGAGCCAUCAGGAUGCUGUCGGUUGUGGCCUGUCUACAGCUGUUACUGGCCUCUGCUUUCAUGCAACCCACUGGUGAUUUCUGGGAUGAGUGGGGCCCGUAUGGCGAAUGCAGUCGCAGCUGUGGCGGUGGGGUUACUAUGAGGACGAGACGAUGUGUAACCCAGCGAACUGAUGGAGGGCAUAGCUGUGUGGGUCCAGAGAAGUCCUAUCGCUCGUGUAAUAUCCAGGACUGUCCAGAGGGAUCCAGGGAUUUCAGAGAGGAGCAGUGCUCUCAGUUUGAUGGCACUGAUUUUCAAGGAAAGCGCUACAAAUGGCUGCCAUACUAUGGUGGAGAAAACCCCUGUGAGCUCAGCUGCAUUCCCAGAGGAGAGAACUUCUUCUUUCGGCACAAGUCUGCGGUGGUGGAUGGCACACCCUGCCAUCCCGGAAGAAAGGACAUCUGUGUAGACGGGCUCUGUAAGCGUCUCGGCUGUGAUAACAUGCUGGAGUCGCUCCAGGAGGAGGAUCCCUGUCUACAGUGUGGAGGAAACGGACAGUCAUGCAGUCUAGCCAAAAACAGUUUCUCAAUGCGAAACCUGCCCAAAGGUUACAAUCAGAUGUUCAUCAUCCCUGUCGGGGCGACCACUAUACGCAUCAAGGAAACAGUGCCAACGCGCAAUUACCUUGCAAUCAAAAACCUGCGUGGUGAGUACUACCUUAACGGACAUUGGGUGAUCGAUUUCUCUCGUGCCACACCUAUUGCUGGCACUGUGCUGUAUUACCAGAGGGGAACCGAGGGUGAAAAAACUCCUGAGAUAAUCACAGGCCGCGGCCCCACCACUGAGCCUCUAGUGAUAGAGGUCAUCACUCAAGAGGACAAUGAGGGAGUGGAGUAUGAGUAUUAUCUGCCGAAUGAACGCUCAAUGGAGGGAUAUUACUGGAGCUACGGCUCCUGGUCUGCCUGCAGCAAGGAGUGCAGCUCAGAUUUCAACUAGAAUACAUGUCUUUAAUGGCUGCUUUCUCAAAAUGAGUCAGAAAUCUCCACUUCAGCAGCGCUGGAAACUUUGACUGAAAUUUUCAUUCCUAUCUAUAUUCUGAAGGGCUUUACAGAGGGGUUUGUUUACAUAACAGUGUUUAUUUAUGUAACACUGUAUUCAUAAAAACAUGGUGCUUUUUUCAGCCUUCAAUAUGAUUCUGACAGUAUUUUCUGAUUUGUGGAGUGGUAACAAGAGAAACCCAAAAUGCCCUCUGUAAUAAUAACCCUCUCUAAUAUGUCAACAAAAUAUAUCCAGUGUUGAAGAUUUCUGUUUUGGAUAUAUUUGCAAAUGAGUGCAUAUUUAGUCUCAUUUGCAUACACUGAA